CCUUUGACCCCUCUGUCCUCUUUCCCAGGUCGUCCCAUUCCACCUACAUCCUCGUCUAGCCUCCUCCCAUCUGCUCAGCUGCCUAGCUCCCAUAAUCCUCCACCAGUUAGCUGCCAGAUGCCAUUGCUAGACAGCAACACCUCCCAUCAAAUCAUGGACACCAACCCUGAUGAGGAGUUCUCCCCCAAUUCAUACCUGCUCAGAGCAUGCUCAGGGCCCCAGCAAGCCUCCAGCAGUGGUAAGGAAACUGUGGUGUCUGAAUGUGUGGUGUUGUCUUUGGCUUCUCCUACCACCAAGCAUAUGGAUGAAUUAGGAUUCACCCUGUUCAGGACAAGGCUGGAUCUGGACUCGCCCAACCCCUCUCCCUUGCCCCCAGGCUGUUGGCAAAGUCCUCCAAACCACCACAGCCAAUCGACUCUGAGGCCUCCUCUGCCUCCCCCUCACAACCACACUCUGUCCCAUCACCACUCGUCUGCCAACUCCCUCAACAGGAACUCACUGACCAACCGGCGGAGCCAGAUCCACGCCCCAGCUCCUGCACCCAAUGACCUGGCCACCACACCGGAGUCCGUUCAGCUCCAGGACAGCUGGGUGCUAAACAGCAACGUGCCACUGGAGACUAGGCACUUUCUCUUUAAAACCUCCUCGGGAAGCACACCCCUGUUUAGCAGCUCUUCUCCGGGAUACCCUUUGACCUCAGGAACCGUUUACACGCCACCACCCCGCCUGCUGCCCCGGAAUACCUUCUCCAGGAAGGCCUUCAAGCUGAAGAAGCCCUCCAAAUACUGCAGCUGGAAAUGUGCCGCCCUGUCCGCCAUCGCCGCAGCCCUCCUUUUGGCGAUUCUGCUGGCAUAUUUCAUAGCAGUGAACACUUCCUUCAUCAUCAGGCAGCCAGCUUGGUGCCUGCCAGAGAAGGAAUUGGUCCAGGACUUCCCAGACUAUUCUACCCAAGCUUACCUGAUGUUUGUCUCUCCUGCAGCAAUGCAUCUGCUGGGACUCAAUUGGCAACUGCAGCCGGCAGAUGGACACACCUUUAACAAUGGGAUAAGGACCGGCCUACCAGGAAGCGAUGAUGUGGCAACAAUGCCAUCUGGAGGCAAAGGUGAGGUUACAGCUGCUGCUUGCCCUCUUGAGGUCACAGGGAAAUUCAGAGCUCCCGCCAACCGGUUUAGGUUUUCUAAUCCAAAUAUUGGAAGCUGCGUUUGGCUGGAGCCACUGAGAGUUGGCACCCCGCCUUCCCAGACCAAUGUGCAUACCUCUGCUAUCUGGAGCCACUUGAAAGCCUCCCGAGGCCCGAGCAGAAGCAGCAACAACAGCAGCAGCUGGAGAGGCAGCAGCAGCAGCAGGAGAAAGUCCUGCCUAAUCAAGAAAGCCGAGAGCAGCAGGCUACUGUCCUGGUCAUUGAAAAACAGCAGCAUAGACAGUGGUGAAGCAGAAGUUGGUCGACGGGUGACCCAAGAAGUCCCACCAGGCGUGUUUUGGAGAUCACAGAUUCACAUCAGUCAACCCCAGUUCUUAAAGUUCAAUAUCUCCCUUGGGAAGGAUGCUCUCUUCGGUGUUUACAUAAGAAGAGGACUUCCACCAUCCCAUGCCCAGUAUGACUUCAUGGAACGUCUGGAUGGGAAGGAGAAGUGGAGUGUGGUUGAGUCACCCAGGGAACGCCGGAGCAUACAGACCCUCGUUCAAAAUGAAGCCGUGUUUGUACAGUACCUGGAUGUGGGCCUGUGGCACUUGGCCUUCUACAAUGAUGGCAAAGACAAAGAGAUGGUUUCCUUCAACACUGUUGUCUUAGGUAGGUGUGGGGUCUCUGAGAUGGUCCUUGAUGACUUUCAGCCCUCUUCCUCUGCACAAAUGCAGGGGAGUCCCAGCUGGGACAGGAACCACUACAAGUUUCAGAUCUUCGCUGCCUGCCCCGUCCUGUGCAGUGGAAACGGACAAUAUUCCAAAGGGACGUGCCAGUGCUACAGCGGCUGGAAAGGCGCAGAGUGUGAUGUGCCCAUGAAUCAGUGCAUCGAUCCUUCCUGCGGGGGCCAUGGCUCCUGCAUUGAUGGGAACUGUGUGUGCUCCGCUGGCCACAAAGGCGAGCACUGUGAGGAAGGUAAGUGCUGCAGGGCCAGGCUGGGCAGCAGCAGAGGCGGGAGGAUACUACAGGCUCAGACGUUUGCUAAGGAGCCCAAUCCAAGGCUCCGCAUUUUGCAAAGGAAACUUCAGCAUUUUGCGCAGAGAACUUCAAAUGCCUUGGUUGAUUGCUUGGACCCCACCUGUUCCAGCCAUGGGGUCUGUGUAAAUGGAGAAUGCCUUUGCAGCCCUGGCUGGGGUGGUCUAAACUGUGAGCUGGCAAGAGUCCAGUGCCCAGACCAGUGCAGUGGGCAUGGCACUUACGUCCCCGACACAGGUCUCUGCAGCUGUGAUCCCAACUGGAUGGGUCCCGACUGCUCUGUUGGUAAGCCAAGAAGUUUCCUCCUCGCUUUUCCCAAUACUCAUGCCCUAUGGUCUUCCAUGAAAGUGUGCUCAGUAGACUGUGGCACUCACGGCGUCUGCAUCGGGGGAGCCUGCCGCUGUGAAGAGGGCUGGACAGGCGCAGCUUGUGACCAGCGCGUGUGCCACCCCCGCUGCAUUGAGCACGGGACCUGUAAAGAUGGCAAAUGUGAAUGCCGAGAGGGCUGGAAUGGUGAACACUGCACCAUUGAUGGCUGCCCUGAUUUGUGCAACGGCAACGGGAGAUGCACGCUGGGUCAGAACAGCUGGCAGUGUGUCUGCCAGACCGGCUGGAGAGGGCCCGGAUGCAACGUUGCCAUGGAAACCUCCUGUGCUGAUAACAAGGAUAAUGAGGGAGAUGGCCUGGUGGAUUGCCUGGACCCUGACUGCUGCCUGCAGUCCGCCUGUCAGAACAGCCUGCUCUGCCGAGGGUCCCGGGACCCCCUGGACAUCAUUCAGCAGGGCCAGACAGACUCGCCUGCCGUGAAGUCCUUCUAUGACCGCAUCAAGCUCUUGGCAGGCAAAGACAGCACCCACAUCAUUCCUGGAGACAACCCCUUCAAUAGCAGCUUGGUUUCUCUCAUUCGAGGCCAAGUAGUAACUACAGAUGGGACUCCUCUGGUUGGUGUGAAUGUGUCUUUUGUCAAAUACCCAAAAUAUGGCUACACCAUCACCCGCCAAGAUGGCACGUUUGACCUGAUUGCCAAUGGGGGUGCCUCCUUGACCCUGCACUUCGAGCGAGCCCCAUUCAUGAGCCAGGAGCGCACCGUGUGGCUGCCAUGGAAUAGCUUUUACGCCAUGGACACCCUGGUAAUGAAGACUGAGGAGAACUCCAUCCCCAGCUGUGACCUCAGUGGCUUUGUCCGACCAGAUCCAAUCAUCAUCUCCUCCCCGCUGUCCACUUUCUUCAGCGCCGCCCCUGGGCAGAAUCCCAUCGUGCCUGAGACCCAGGUUCUUCAUGAAGAAAUUGAGCUCCCUGGUUCCACUGUGAAGCUUCGCUACUUGAGCUCCAGGACCGCAGGCUAUAAGUCUCUGUUGAAGAUCACCAUGACCCAGUCCACGGUGCCCCUGAAUCUUAUCAAGGUUCAUCUGAUGGUAGCUGUAGAGGGUCACCUCUUCCAGAAGUCAUUCCAGGCCUCUCCCAACCUGGCCUACACCUUCAUCUGGGAUAAGACAGAUGCAUAUGGCCAAAGGGUUUACGGACUCUCUGAUGCUGUUGUAUCUGUUGGGUUUGAAUACGAGACCUGCCCCAGUCUAAUACUGUGGGAGAAAAGGACAGCCCUCCUUCAAGGAUUCGAGCUAGACCCUUCCAACCUCGGUGGCUGGUCCCUGGACAAACAUCACAUUCUCAAUGUUAAAAGUGGAAUCCUACACAAGGGCACUGGGGAGAACCAGUUCCUGACCCAGCAGCCUGCCAUCAUCACCAGCAUUAUGGGCAAUGGCCGCCGACGAAGCAUUUCCUGUCCUAGUUGCAAUGGCCUUGCCGAAGGCAACAAGCUACUGGCCCCAGUAGCUCUUGCCGUUGGAAUUGAUGGGAGCCUCUUCGUUGGAGACUUCAAUUACAUCCGGCGCAUUUUUCCUUCUCGAAAUGUGACCAGCAUUUUGGAGUUACGAAAUAAAGAGUUUAAACAUAGCAACAACCCAGCACACAAGUACUAUUUGGCAGUAGACCCUGUGUCCGGCUCUCUCUACGUGUCUGACACCAACAGUCGGCGAAUCUACCGAGUCAAGUCUCUGAGUGGAGCUAAAGACCUGGCUGGGAAUUCAGAAGUGGUGGCAGGGACUGGAGAGCAGUGCUUGCCCUUUGAUGAAGCCCGCUGUGGAGAUGGGGGGAAGGCUGUGGAUGCAACCCUGAUGAGCCCUCGAGGUAUUGCAGUGGACAAGAACGGACUCAUGUACUUUGUUGAUGCCACCAUGAUCCGGAAGGUUGACCAGAAUGGAAUCAUCUCCACUUUGCUGGGCUCCAAUGACCUCACUGCUGUCCGGCCACUGAGCUGUGACUCCAGCAUGGAUGUGGCCCAGGUUCGCCUGGAGUGGCCAACAGACCUUGCUGUCAACCCCAUGGACAACUCCUUGUAUGUUCUUGAGAACAACGUCAUCCUUCGAAUCACUGAGAAUCACCAAGUCAGCAUCAUUGCAGGACGCCCCAUGCAUUGCCAGGUUCCUGGAAUUGACUACUCACUCAGCAAACUAGCCAUUCACUCCGCUCUGGAAUCAGCCAGUGCCAUUGCUAUUUCUCACACUGGGGUCCUCUAUAUCACUGAGACAGAUGAGAAGAAGAUUAAUCGUCUACGCCAGGUAACAACAAAUGGGGAGAUCUGCCUCUUAGCUGGGGCAGCCUCAGACUGUGACUGCAAAAAUGAUGUCAAUUGCAACUGCUACUCAGGAGACGAUGCCUAUGCGACUGAUGCCAUCUUGAAUUCCCCAUCAUCCUUAGCUGUAGCUCCAGAUGGUACCAUCUACAUCGCAGAUCUUGGAAAUAUUCGGAUUAGGGCGGUCAGCAAAAACAAGCCUGUUCUUAAUGCUUUCAACCAGUAUGAGGCUGCAUCCCCCGGAGAACAGGAGUUGUAUGUUUUCAACGCUGAUGGCAUCCACCAGUACACCGUGAGCCUGGUGACAGGGGAGUACUUGUACAAUUUCACAUAUAGUGCUGACAAUGAUGUCACCGAAUUGAUUGACAAUAAUGGGAAUUCCCUAAAGAUCCGUCGGGACAGUAGUGGCAUGCCCCGCCACCUGCUCAUGCCUGACAACCAGAUCAUCACCCUCACCGUGGGCACCAAUGGAGGUCUCAAAGUCGUGUCCACACAGAAUCUGGAGCUUGGCCUCAUGACCUACGAUGGGAACACUGGCCUCCUAGCCACCAAGAGUGAUGAAACAGGAUGGACAACUUUCUAUGACUAUGACCACGAAGGCCGCCUGACCAAUGUGACACGCCCCACGGGGGUGGUGACCAGUCUGCACCGGGAAAUGGAGAAAUCCAUCACCAUUGACAUUGAGAACUCCAACCGUGAUGAUGAUGUCACUGUCAUUACCAAUCUGUCUUCAGUGGAGGCCUCCUACACGGUGGUACAAGAUCAAGUGCGGAACAGCUACCAGCUCUGUAAUAACGGUACCCUGAGGGUGAUGUAUGCCAAUGGAAUGGGUGUCAGCUUCCACAGUGAGCCCCAUGUCCUAGCAGGUACCAUCACCCCCACCAUUGGGCGCUGCAACAUCUCCCUGCCCAUGGAGAAUGGCCUAAAUUCCAUUGAGUGGCGCCUAAGAAAGGAACAGAUUAAAGGCAAAGUCACCAUCUUUGGCAGGAAGCUCCGGGUCCAUGGAAGAAAUCUCUUGUCCAUUGAUUAUGACCGGAAUAUUCGGACAGAAAAGAUCUAUGAUGAUCACCGGAAGUUCACUCUGAGGAUCAUUUAUGACCAAGUGGGGCGCCCAUUCCUCUGGCUCCCCAGUAGUGGGUUGGCAGCAGUCAAUGUCUCAUACUUCUUCAAUGGGCGCUUGGCUGGCCUUCAGCGUGGAGCCAUGAGUGAAAGGACAGACAUUGACAAGCAGGGACGAAUUGUGUCCCGCAUGUUUGCUGAUGGGAAAGUGUGGAGCUACUCCUACCUUGACAAGUCUAUGGUCCUCCUGCUUCAGAGUCAGCGUCAGUACAUAUUUGAGUAUGAUUCCUCCGACCGUCUCCACGCCGUCACCAUGCCCAGUGUCGCCCGGCACAGCAUGUCCACCCAUACCUCCAUUGGCUACAUCCGCAACAUUUAUAAUCCCCCUGAAAGCAAUGCUUCAGUCAUUUUUGACUACAGUGAUGAUGGCCGCAUCCUCAAGAUGUCCUUUUUGGGCACUGGGCGUCAGGUAUUCUACAAGUAUGGGAAACUCUCCAAGCUAUCAGAGAUUGUCUAUGACAGUACUGCCGUCACUUUUGGGUAUGAUGAGACCACUGGUGUUUUAAAAAUGGUCAGUCUCCAGAGUGGAGGUUUCUCCUGCACAAUCAGGUACCGGAAGAUUGGCCCACUUGUGGACAAGCAGAUCUACAGGUUCUCUGAGGAAGGUAUGGUCAAUGCCAGGUUUGACUACACCUAUCAUGACAACAGCUUCCGGAUUGCAAGCAUCAAGCCCGUCAUAAGUGAGACUCCCCUUCCUGUUGACCUCUACCGCUACGAUGAAAUUUCUGGCAAGGUGGAGCAUUUUGGCAAGUUUGGAGUCAUCUAUUAUGACAUCAACCAGAUCAUCACCACUGCUGUAAUGACCCUCAGCAAACACUUUGACACCCACGGGCGGAUCAAGGAAGUCCAGUAUGAGAUGUUUCGGUCCCUUAUGUACUGGAUGACGGUGCAGUAUGACAGUAUGGGAAGGGUGAUAAAGAGGGAGCUAAAACUGGGGCCCUAUGCUAACACCACAAAGUAUACCUAUGACUAUGAUGGAGAUGGGCAGCUCCAGAGUGUGGCUGUCAAUGACCGCCCAACCUGGCGCUAUAGCUAUGACCUCAAUGGGAACCUCCAUUUGCUGAACCCGGGAAAUAGUGUGCGCCUUAUGCCCCUGCGCUAUGAUCUCCGGGAUAGGAUAACCAGACUCGGUGAUGUGCAAUACAAAAUUGAUGAUGAUGGCUAUCUGUGCCAGAGAGGGGCUGACAUCUUUGAGUAUAACUCCAAGGGCCUCCUAACAAGAGCCUACAACAAGGCCAGUGGGUGGAGUGUCCAGUACCGCUACGAUGGUGUGGGGCGGCGGGCUUCCUACAAGACCAACCUGGGCCACCACCUGCAGUAUUUCUACUCUGACCUUCACAACCCAACCCGCAUCACCCAUGUCUAUAAUCACUCCAACUCAGAGAUAACCUCACUCUACUAUGACCUCCAAGGUCACCUCUUUGCCAUGGAGAGCAGCAGUGGGGAGGAGUACUACGUUGCCUCAGAUAACACAGGCACUCCUCUGGCUGUGUUCAGCAUCAAUGGUCUCAUGAUCAAACAACUGCAGUAUACGGCCUAUGGGGAGAUUUAUUAUGACUCUAACCCUGACUUCCAGAUGGUCAUUGGCUUCCAUGGUGGACUCUAUGAUCCCCUGACCAAGCUGGUCCACUUCACUCAGCGUGAUUAUGAUGUGCUGGCAGGACGAUGGACCUCUCCAGACUAUACCAUGUGGAAAAACGUGGGCAAGGAGCCAGCCCCCUUUAAUUUGUAUAUGUUCAAGAGCAACAAUCCUCUCAGCAAUGAGCUGGAUUUGAAGAACUACGUGACAGAUGUGAAAAGCUGGCUUGUGAUGUUUGGAUUUCAGCUUAGCAACAUAAUUCCUGGCUUCCCAAGAGCCAAAAUGUAUUUCGUGCCUCCUCCCUAUGAAUUGUCAGAGAGUCAAGCCAGUGAGAAUGGACAGCUCAUUACAGGUGUCCAGCAGACAACUGAGAGGCAUAAUCAGGCCUUCAUGGCUCUGGAAGGGCAAGUUAUCUCAAAAAAGCUCCAUGCCAACAUCCGAGAGAAAGCAGGCCACUGGUUUGCCACCACCACACCCAUCAUCGGCAAAGGCGUCAUGUUUGCCAUCAAAGAAGGACAAGUGACUACCGGAGUGUCCAGCAUUGCCAGCGAGGACAGCCGCAAGGUGGCUUCCGUGCUGAACAAUGCCUAUUACCUGGACAAGAUGCACUACAGCAUUGAAGGCAAGGACACCCACUACUUUGUGAAGAUUGGCUCGGCCGACGGUGAUCUGGUCACACUGGGCACCACCAUCGGCCGCAAGGUGCUAGAGAGCGGGGUGAACGUGACCGUGUCGCAGCCCACACUGCUGGUCAACGGCAGGACUCGAAGGUUCACCAACAUUGAAUUCCAGUACUCCACGCUGCUGCUCAGUAUCCGCUACGGCCUCACCCCCGACACCCUGGACGAAGAGAAGGCCCGCGUCCUGGACCAGGCGAGACAGAGGGCCCUGGGCACUGCCUGGGCCAAGGAGCAGCAGAAAGCCAGGGAUGGGCGAGAGGGGAGCCGCCUGUGGACUGAGGGCGAGAAGCAGCAGCUCCUGAGCACGGGACGUGUGCAAGGUUAUGAGGGGUAUUACGUGCUUCCUGUAGAGCAAUACCCAGAGCUUGCAGACAGUAGCAGCAACAUCCAGUUUUUAAGACAGAAUGAGAUGGGAAAGAGGUAACAAAAUAAUCUGCUGCCAUUCCCUGUCUGGAUGGCUUGGCGGGAGUAACUGUUAUCUCCUCUCCUAAGGAGAUGAAGACCUAACAGGGGCACUAAGGCCGGGCUGCUUUAGGAUACCAAGUGGCAAGGAAGCUCACAUUUUUUGAGUUCAAAUGCUACUAUCCAAGCAAGAAGUCCCACAUCCUGAAGUAGACUAAAGCCUGGCUGAAAAUUCUGAGGAAAACAAAACAAACGAAUGAAUGAACAAACACACAAAAUGUUUCAAGUUCCCCUAAAAUAUGACCCACUUGUUCUGGGUCUACACAGGAAAAAAUAAAAAAAAAAAAAAAAAAAAAAAAA